AUUCCGAAGCGAAGAAAAUGUCGCUGGAGACAGAAUUAACGCUCGGGUUACCCGGAGAGUCAUAUGGACCACCAAAAACGGGCACCAAACGUGGAUUUACGGAGCCGGACGUCGGGGACCGCUCAUGUAUUAAACGACAGGAUAAGGUGUGCGGCGCGAAUGGUGACAUGUCGAGGAAGUCAGGGGAAGUGGUGGGGUGGCCGCCGGUGAGAGCGUGGAGGAGGAACACGGUGAAGAGUUGCAAAUACGUGAAGGUAGCGGUAGAUGGAGCUCCGUAUUUGAGAAAAGUGGAUCUUGAGAGGUACAACAGUUAUGAGCAGCUGUUGAAUCAUCUGGAGAGCAUCUUCUCUUGCUUCACCAUCCGGAAUUAUUUGAAAGAUUGGAAAAUUAUGGAUCAAAAUAAUGGGAUUGAAUAUGUAGCUACUUAUGAAGACAAGGAUGGUGACUGGAUGCUACUUGGGGAUGUACCCUGGAAAUUGUUUGUUGAAUCAUGCAAGCGUCUACGGUUGAUGAUAUCCUCAGAGGCAACUGGAGCAGCUCUGAGAACUCCAACAAAUUGAUUUCAUAAGCAUGAAAUAAAGAGUAUUAUCAAUUAGCAUUCCUGGAGAGAGAUUAAUAUUCUUGUACAGAGGCUUUGAUAUUGGAGAGUUUUUGACUAAUUGAGAUAUAUAUAUAACACUAAAGAAAACCAUCCUUUGUAACCUAUUAUAUAUUGAUCAUAAUUAGAUGCAAUUUGAUAUCAUGGAUGACAUCUUUUCAUUGAAA